AUGUACUUGCUCACUAUCUUUGGGAAUGUGCUCAUCAUCCUGGCUGUCAGCUCAGACUCCCGCCUCCACACACCCAUGUACUUCUUCCUCUGCAAUCUGUCCUUGGUAGACAUCUGUUUCACCUCUACAACCAUCCCCAAGAUGCUGCUAAACAUCCACACACAGAGCAAAGUCAUGACCUAUGAACACUGCAUCACCCAGAUUUACUUUUUGGUAAUCUUUUCAGUGUUGGGUAUGUUUCUCCUGACUGUGAUGGCCUAUGACCGCUAUGUGGCCAUCUGCCACCCCUUGCACUAUAUGGUCAUCAUGAACCCCUGGCUCUGUGGACUGCUGGUUCUGGUGUCCUGGAUCCUUAUUGUUCUUUUAUUUUAUUGUACAAUCCUAGGAGUGUACCUUAGCUCUGCUGCUACCCACAGCUCACAAUCAAGUGCAAUAGCCUCAGUGAUGUACACGGUGGUCACACCCAUGCUGAACCCCUUCAUUUACAGUCUGAGGAACAAAGACAUAAAGAGGUCCCUGAAAAGUUUCUUUGUGAAAGAAAUUAUAAAUGGACAAUUGUCAUAG